AUCACGCCACACAACGUAUAAAAGAGAAGGUUUGGCCUAGCUGUCUCUCUGUCUGCAUCUGAUUCUGUGCUGCUGCGUUUGUCUCCAUCAUCACACCAGCAAAAUGCCUAACUACACAAUAAUCUAUUUUGAUGUCAAUGGUCGCUGUGAAGCCAUGCGGAUGCUCUUGGCAGACCAGGGCUUGGACUGGAAGGAAGAGGUGGUGACCUUUGAUAACUGGAUGAAAGGGGACCUGAAAAAACAAGCAGUGUUUGGUCAACUUCCAGCUUUCAAAAAUGGUGAUCUCACGCUGUACCAGUCAAAUGCAAUCUUGCGCUACCUUGGCAGGAAUCAUGGUCUCUAUGGCAAAAAUUCAGACGAGGCAACGCUCAUAGACAUGGUAAACGAUGGGGUGGAAGAUCUCAGGCUGAAAUACCUGCGUCUGAUCUACCAGAACUAUGAUGAUGGGAAGGCGGAUUACAUUAAGGCUCUGCCUAAUGACUUUGGUCACUUUGAGAAAAUCCUUAGUAACAACAAUGGUGGUAAAGGCUUUACUGUAGGAGCUGAGAUUUCCUUUGUGGACUAUAACUUGGUGGAUAUUCUGCGCAACCAUCUUGUAUUGGCUCCAGACUGUCUUUCGGGCUUUCCUCUGCUCUCUGCCUAUGUCACCCGUGUCAGCAGCCGUCCUAAACUUGCAGCCUAUCUCUCCAGUGAUGCACACAAGAAUAGAAAAAUCAAUGGCAACGGCAAGCAGUAAUUAAUCGAAGGCAGAGUGAAGAAUUCUAGAAUGUCAGUGGCUCAUAAAUGUAGAAAUCAACAGAUUCUGUGGUACCUGGUGUCAACUAUGGCCGCCCAUGUAGCUAAUAUAGAAUUGUCCCUUUAAUACAGUGUGAAUUAUGUAUAUUGACAUCUGUACUGAAAAUGGAGUAUUACUUGUAAUGGUAAUAAAGUGGGUUUAAAGGUCA